UCUUUCAAAAUAUUUUUACAGUAUCUAAGUCAGGUAAUACAAUAAUUGCUUUAGAAAACAUUGAAGUUGUUUUAGAAAAAACAUGGGAAUUUUUACAUACUGGGUCAUGGGCUGAUGUGUCUGAUGACAUGCGAAAACUAUAUUCACAUGCAAGUUUAUUUAAGACCAAAUUAUUGCUAAACUGUUCUCAAAAUGAAGAUUCUAUCAAAAAAGCUAUCAAAGCUGUUGAUAUGGGUUUGUUAAUGGGAAAUUCAUUUAGGGAUGAACUAACCGAGGCUGCAACAUUUUUAUGUAAAAUUCUACAGCCUAAUACAAAUUUCAUAAAGGAUCAAAUAGAAAUUCCUAAACACUUAAAUGAUGAAUGUAUUCUUGGUCACUUUGAUAAAAUAAUGUCAAUAUCUACUUCCGAGCAACCCUCUUUAGAAACUUUUUAUAGAGAUUAUUUAAAGCUUAAAAUACCUGUAAAAAUAACUGGUGCUAUGUCACAUUGGCCUGCUAUGAAAAAAUGGAAAGAUUUAAAUUAUAUAAUAAAAACUGCGGGAUGUAGGACUGUACCAGUUGAAAUUGGCUCAUCUUAUGCUGAUGAAGAUUGGAGUCAAACUUUAAUAACAAUAGAAGAAUUUAUAAAAGACAAAGUGAUUAAUCCAAAUGAAAAAACAACUUAUCUUGCACAACAUCAACUUUUUAAUCAAAUUCCUGAAUUAAAAGAAGAUAUUAAGGUACCUGAUUACUGUUAUUUAUCUGAAGCUGAUGACAAUGAACCAGACAUUAAUGCUUGGUUUGGACCAAAAGGAACUAUUUCUCCAACUCAUUAUGACCCAAAAAAUAAUUUUUUGGCUCAAGUGGUAGGUUUUAAAGAUAUAUUUUUGUUUGAUCCUAAAUGGACUGAUUGUUUAUAUCCAUAUGAAGAAAAACUCCUUAAGAAUACUGCCCAAGUUGAUCCAUCAAAACCAGAUUUAAAUACAUAUCCAAAAUUUACUGAAGUUGAAGCUAUACAUUGCAUAUUGAGCGAAGCUCUGUGUAUACUGGAGAAGUUUUUAAAUAGUUUAUUCUAUAUAUUUAAUGAUUUAAUGUCUGGAGACUGUUGUUGGCUGUUAUCGCUAUUGGAUUUAUUGCACAGUCAGUGCAUCUGUUGUGCAUGGAUAACUGUGCUGGAGAUUUUCGGCGGUCAUCGCUAUUAAAUUUAUUGCACAGGUUCAUUUGUAUUUCAUUUAUUGGUUGUCAUGUGAUGCAAUAUGUUCUACAUCAGUAUACAUUUUAUAUAAAUAUAUUUUUUUUU